CCCCGCACGGAGCCGGCCGCCGGAGGGAGGGGAGGGGGGGGGCGGCGGUGACGCGGGCGGGCAGCGAGCGGAGCCGAGCCGAGCGCCGCGGCCGGGCAGCGGCCGCCGAGCCCCGCGAGAUGCUCCACGGCACGGCGCGGAGGGGGCCGCGCUGCAGCAACCGCGGGCCGGCGAGGGCCCGGCUGGUGCAGUGAGAGCCGCCCGCGCCGCCAGCAGGCUCUGCCAGUCACCAUGCUCAUCAAGGAGUAUCACAUCCUGCUGCCCAUGAGCCUAGAGGAGUACCAGGUGGCCCAGCUCUAUAUGAUCCAGAAGAAGAGCCGGGAGGAAUCCAGCGGGGAGGGCAGCGGGGUCGAGAUCCUGGCCAACCAGCCCUACAGCGACGGCCCGGGAGGCAGCGGCCAGUACACCCACAAGAUCUACCACGUGGGCUCCCACAUCCCCAGCUGGUUCCGUGCCCUGCUGCCCAAGGCUGCCCUGCAGGUGGAGGAGGAGUCGUGGAACGCCUAUCCCUACACGCGCACCAGAUACACCUGCCCCUUCGUGGAGAAGUUCUCCAUCGAGAUUGAGACCUAUUACCGGCCCGACUCUGGCAAACAGACCAAUGUCUUCAACCUCACGGCAGCCGAGAAGAGGCAGCGGAUUCUGGACACCAUUGACAUUGUGCGGGACCCCAUCUCACCCAACGAGUACAAGGUGGAGGAGGACCCCAAGCUGUAUCGCUCAGCGAAGACAGGCCGGGGGCCGUUGGGUGACGACUGGCUGGAGGGGGCCAUGGCUGCCGGGCCCCUCAUGUGCGCCUACAAGCUGUGCAAGGUGGAGUUCCGCUACUGGGGCAUGCAGUCUAAGAUCGAGCAGUUCAUCCACGACGUAGGGCUGCGCAAGGUGAUGCUGCGGGCGCACCGCCAGGCCUGGUGCUGGCAGGAUGAGUGGACGGAGCUGACCAUGGAGGACAUUCGGCAGCUGGAGGAAGAGACAGCCCGCAUGCUGGCCCAGAAGAUGGCCAAGUGCACCGAGGCCGAGGAGGUGGCGGCUGCCCCCAGUGCUGAGGACCGGGCCGAGCUGGGCAGUGUCGAUGGGCAGGACCGAGCUGAGGGGCAGGGGCCGCCCGACGCCUCCCCCGAUGACACCUUUGCCAAGCAGUGGUCAACAUCCUCCCGCUCCUCCUACUCCUCCCAGCAUGGAGGGGGGGUAACGCCCCAGAGUCUCUCAGAGUGGCGCAUGCAGAACAUCGCACGGGACUCGGAGAACAGCUCAGAGGAGGAAUUCUUCGAUGCGCACGAGGAUCUGUCUGACAGUGACGAGGUCUUUGCCAAGGAGAUGACCAAGUGGAACUCCAACGACUUGCUGGAUACACUGGAUCGGCCGGGCGAGCUGGACGAGGGUCUGGGAGAUGGAACCGGCAUGGCCAAGCCCAGUGGCAGUGGACUGACCGGGGCCAGCUUUGUCGAGGGUGGCUCUGUGGAGAGCGUGGCACAGGCCUGCCGAAUCCACGCGCUGUUCCUGAUCCUGCACAGUGGGAACAUCCUGGACCAGGGUGCGGGCGAACCAGGCUCCAAGCAAGCUGACGUGCAGACGCUGGCCUCCACCUUCGAUGCCGUUGCCCGCGUGCACUUCCCCGAGGCGCUGGGCCACGUGGCGCUGCGCCUGGUGCCCUGCCCACCCAUCUGCGCCACCGCCUACGCCCUGGUCUCCAACCUCAGCCCCUACAGCCAUGAUAGAGACAGCCUGUCCAGCAGCCAGGACCACAUCCCAUUGGCCGCCCUGCCCCUGCUGGCCACGUCCUCCGGGAGCUACCAGCACGCCGUGGCCACCACCAUCGCCCGCGCCAACCAGGCCCACAGUGCCUUCCUGCACUCCACUGAGGGCUCCGGCUUCUGUGGCCAGCAGGUGGUGCUGAUCGGUGACUGUGUGGGGGGCAUCCUGGGUUUCGAUGCCCUGUGCCAGAGCCGGGCGGGCACUGCGGGGAGCCGGAGCAGCAGCCGUCGGGGCAGCCUGAACAUGGAGCCGAUCUCCCCGGAGCUGGGAAGCAGGAAGGACCCGCUGGCCGAGGGGGCAGGGGGGACGGGACGGGCCAGCCCUGAGCCUGGGGUGCUCCCGCCCCCCCAGGAGCACAGCGACGUGGACUCUGUGCACCAGCAGCACAACUUCCUGUGCAGCCUGCAGGCCAGCGUCCCCCAGGGGGAGGGGGAUCUGCGGCGCAGCAGUUACUCCUCGGGCUCAGCGCUGGAUGGGGGCGAGGGCACGGCCGCCCACCUCGACUUCAAGGUGUCCGGCUUCUUCCUGUUCGGCUCACCACUGGGGCUGGUGCUAGCGCUGCGCAAGACUGUCAUGCCAGCCUUGGAUGUGGCCCAGAUGCGCCCGGUCUGUGAGCAGAUCUACAACCUGUUCCACGCAGCCGACCCCUGCGCCUCGCGCCUGGAGCCCCUGCUGGCCAAGGCCUUCCACGCCGUGCCCCCCCUGGGCGUGCCUCGCUACCAGAAAUACCCACUGGGCGAUGGCACCUCGGCACUGCUGGCUGAGGCCCUGCAGACUCAUUCCACCCUCUUCCUGGGCGACUUGGAGCUGGCAGCUCCCACCACCCCUACCAGCUGUUUUGGAGGCUUCUGGAGAGGCAGCGAGACAGGAGAGCCCCCCGCCCCCUCCAGCACCAGCGAGGUCGUCAAGAUCCUGGAGCGGUGGUGGGGCGCCAAGCGCAUUGAUUACUCCCUGUACUGCCCCGACGCGCUGACCGCCUUCCCCACCGUCACCCUGCCGCACCUCUUCCACGCCAGCUACUGGGAGUCCUCCGACGUGGUCGCCUUCAUCCUGCGCCAGGUGAUCGAGAAGGAGCGCCCCCAGCUGGCGGAGUGCGAGGAGAGCUCCAGCUACAGCCCCGCCAUCCCCCGCGAGAAGUGGCAGCGCAAGCGCACACAAGUGAAGAUCCGGAACGUGACGUCCAACCACCGAGCCAGCGACAUCAUCGUGUGCGAGGGGCGGCCCCAGGUGCUGAGUGGGCGCUUCAUGUACGGCCCCCUGGACGUGGUGACGCUGACUGGGGAGAAGGUGGACAUCUACAUCAUGACGCAGCCGCUGUCGGGGAAGUGGCUGCACUAUGGCACCGAAGUGACAAGCAGUAGCGGGCGCCUGGCCUUCCUCAUCCCGCCCGAGAAGGCACUGGGCAUCGGCAUGUACCCCGUGCGCAUGGUGGUCAGAGGGGAUCACAGCUACGCCGAGGCCUUCCUAACGGUGGUGGCACGCAGCACCGAGGCGGUUGUGUUCAGCAUCGACGGCUCCUUCACCGCCAGCGUCUCCAUCAUGGGCAGCGACCCCAAGGUGCGGGCAGGCGCCGUCGACGUUGUGCGGCACUGGCAGGACUCGGGGUACAUGAUCAUCUACGUGACAGGGCGGCCCGACAUGCAGAAGCACCGCGUGGUGGCCUGGCUGUCGCAACACAACUUUCCGCAUGGCGUCGUCUCCUUCUGCGAUGGCCUCACCCACGACCCCCUGCGCCAGAAAGCUGCCUUCCUGCAGAGCCUGCGCACCGAGGCAGAGGUCACCAUUGUGGCUGGCUAUGGCUCCACGAAGGACAUCUCGGUCUACAGCUCCCUGGGGCUCUCGCCCACCCAGAUCUACAUCGUCGGGCGCACUGUCAAGAAGUUCCAGAACCAGUGCCAGUUCCUGUCCGAGGGCUACGUGGCGCACCUGGCCCAGCUGGAGACGGCAUCGCUGGCACAUUCACCCAAGGGGGCACCGCGGCCCACACUGGGCAAAGGCACCUACGGCUGCCCCGCCCCCGUCGACUUCCUGCGGAAGCAGAGCCAGCUGCUGCGCUCGCGGGGGCAGAGCCAGGCGGAGCGCGAGGGGGGCGCCCCGGCUCCGCCCCGUGCCAAAGCCCGUAGCAUCAGCCUCAAGCUGGAGAGCGAGGAGUGAGCCCCCCGUGGCUUCCCGGCCUGGAGCAAGGGCCGUGCCCGCACGAGGAGACGAGGGCGUCCGGCACAGAGAGGGCGCUCCGACAGGACCACACGCUGCACCGCAGCCCCAGUGCGGGGCGAGAACUGUGCGUGGGGGGCAGAGGAGCCCCCCAGCACUGGGCAUGGCCUGCCCCCCAUCUCCCUGGGCUCCCCUACCGCACCCACAGCCCCCUGCUCUCUUGGGCAUGGCCUGCCUGCCACCCAAAACCCCGUGCUCUCCCAGCCCUGGGGUCCCCUCCCCCACCCACAGCCUCCCCCAGCCCUGGGGUCCCCUCCUCCAUCGCAGUUCUGUUAGUGCCCCUCAGUCCUGACCCACAGACCUCUGCCAGCCCAGCCCUGAGACCCCCCUUGUUGCCCAUGCUGCUCUCUGGGAGCAAGUGGCUGCACUGUGGCAGGGUUACCCAGGGGAAGGGUGAGUCGCUGCUGGGAAUUAGGGGGUUGGGCCUCUCCACCCUGCCCCCCAUGCAAGGCCUAGAUCUGGCACAUUUGCCCCUGGACCCUGCUGUCCCCAUCACAGCGAGCGGGAGGAGGGCCAGCUGCCCAUCUCUGGGCAGCUCCUGUACCCCACAGCCUGCAUGACCCAGCCGCCCUGCACAGAGACCCCACCCAUGCACCCAGCCCCGGCUGUAUCCUGUGUGAUGCUGGAUCCCAGAAGCAGGGCCAGACAGCCUGGGCGUGAGUUUAGGCCAUGCCCCCGCCGCUGGGCACGGUACACCCCCACCCAGGGGCAGGGGGUUCAUUAUUUAUUUUUUGUUGGUGUCGGAGCUAGCGAGGGAGGGGCCAAGCCCAGAGGAGGCAGGGCCUGGGGGGGGAGCAGCCAGAAGGAUUCAUGAUUCUUUGUUUUUUUUUUUUAAAAAAAUGUGUAAAGGUGAAAUAAAAAUGUAAAAAUAAACAAACAGAGAAUGGUA